AAGUAGAGCUUAGGCUAGAAGUUUCUUGUAGUAUCAAAGGGAUAGAGCUAAGACCAGAGGUUUCUUGUGGUGUUAGAGGUGUAGAACUAAAACUAAAGGUUUCUUGUAGUGUCAAAGAGAUGUCUUCUUCUUCUGAGAAUGAUGGUGAGGAAGAAUUUGAUGGAACAAUAGCUUUGAUUAAUACAUCUAGUGGAAAUAGAUCUGAUAAAAUAAAGGAAUUACUUGACAAUUUAUCGACAAAAAAUGUAGUAAAAGGUCAAAUUUAUAGUUUUCAAAAUAGAUUUUUACAUGUUCCAAAGCCUUAA